GUCGAAGUAACACACAAUGCAUGGUUUCAUCUCUCUGAUGCUUUACCUGCACUAGAGGAUUCGCGCAAGACCAAUUUUCGUAUGUAUUUCCAAUUUCAGUACUUACUUUUUGUGUCUUGAACUAGAUGCAGUAGAACUGCUGGUGUUCUUCCAAAAGUAGAUAGUACUAGCUCUAGGUCUAGACCCAGCUGGUGAUAUAUUGAAAGAUGUCCUCCGACGAACGGCCCCAGUCGGGGCUGAGCGGCAUCGCGCGAGACCUCGCAGAUGACGUGCUGGCCAAGGAAGACGCUCUCCUCGUCACUGAGUCGAGUAUACAGGAUGUUAUUACGGCAUCACAGGAGAUGGAGAACCUUCCUGGAGGACUACAGGAAGAGGAGGUUCCUCCUCAAGAGGAGGCAGACUCGCUGAUGGCGUCCACAGUGGUAGACCAAACGGCGAGUGUCGUGUUGGAGCACGUGAGUAGUGACUUGGCUCAACAAGCACUUUCGGCAAAUGAAGCAGAUGGAGCUGGGACAACGGCAGUGGCAGAAGAGGCUGGUGGUGGGGCGACUGAAGAAGCGCCUGCUGUAGGAGAAGCGAAGCCAGAUGACGCUGCUGCUGAGACCACUGCUGUGGCUGACGCUGUAGCAGAAGCGAAGCCGGAUGAUGCUGUUCAGACGAAACCAGAAGAGGAUGAGCUCGCAGGUGGUCCGUCAGAGGAACGACCGGGAUCAAAACGUAGUGCCUCUUCUUCCGUAGACUACGGCGCACAGAGUUUUACCAGCGACACAGACUUUUAUGCAUGGACGAGGGACUAAUAGAUCAUAUCUAAGAAGAUAUCUUAUCAUUCUGCAAUACUGUUUUUGUCUUUAUCUUUUUCAUUCCCAAGCAGAGGAAGCUGUGGUGGAAGACGCUGUGGCUGCAGUAGUAGAGGAUAUCCCUUUGGUAGGCGAAUCUUCUACCAGUCAAAUGCUGAACACUUCGGUCGAGGAGAAGGAGCCAGAAGAGAUAGGAGAGCAGUCUUCAGAACCUCUCGUGCAGAGACGAAUUCAAGCGGAAAGUGGUACUGGAACUAGAUCCAACUCUCGAGUCAGCCAGCAAGACGACGUAGCGGAUAUGCCGGCGCCUUCGAUUCAUGUCCAGUUUUUGGAAGUCGCGGACCCGGUCAAUUACGAUCCGGUGGACGAGGCUACGACUACGGCUCAUGUCGAAGCGGUCAUGGCAGCUGCGUCAUCGCCGACUGGGGGAGGUGUGCGCUUUACAUUCAACGACAACGAAGCAGAGCAGAAUGCAGGAAAUGGUAGAGCUGAAGAAGUACUACAGGGUGAAGCCGAGGGAACAAGCACAGAGCAGCAAGCCGUCGGUACUACAACGACCGAAAUAAAUGCGACAGAGAGUCCUCAGGAAACGCCGAUAGCAGAACCUCCUCUAGUAACCGGAAGUGAUGACAUCAGCAGUACUAGACGACCAACGACUCCUCCAAAAGAACCCUCCAUGACAAUGUCCGUAGGACCUCCCGAGUCCUCAAUCAUGGGAGGCGAGUCUCUCGCUGCCACUACAUCGACCGAAAUGCCACCUUUUCCGAGGUUUUCGACGCAGCACCUGAAGAAAGUCCUCAAGUGGACGCAAGGACCGGAAGAAUAUGUCCAGAACAUUCUAGAUGUGAGUCCGGAACAGGGAACGAUCUAUCUGGUUUUAGUGAAGUGGUUGAUACAACCUUUGCCGACCCACUGGCGAUUCAGACAAGGAUACGACCACUUUCGGGAAAAGGGAGAAGUCCGCACUUUGGACAACAUCGAUCAAGAAGACUUGUACUGAUAGAUCAUUCGCUAGUUUCUAUGUGUGCUUAUCAUCAAUAUAGUUGUGGUGGAAGCUGUAAAUUCAAUCCCACAACAAGAAUCGUCUCUCAUCCAUCGAUCAUGAAAUUAAAAAUUGUAAAUCCACUUCCACCUCCACGCUCUUCCUCGACUACAGGCUUUUCUACAACGUCGCUACCGGUGAGUGCUCUCGUCUUCAUCCGCAGCACGAUUUGAUGCAGUUGGUUGUAGAAGUAUCAAAACAGGAAAACGUUCGAGGAGUAAGCAUGGCUAGGAGUGCUCUCAAGGAAUGGCUAGUUGGCCAGAUUCACCAAUGGACUGGGCCUUUUUAUGAUUCCAAAGGAGCAUAUUGGACAAAAGAUAAUGCCUUCACGAGAGUCGAUCCGCGUGUGGCUGCUCAGCGAGGAUAUCAAAGAGCUGUGAGGUACUUGCUUUUGAUCAUUUUGAAGAAAUUUUGAUUUUAGUAGUUUUUUCUCAAGAAGAGAAAGAGUUUCUUGAAUUCUAAGGCCAAUGAAAUUUUAGUAGUUCAACAAAAGGGGAAACAAUAGUAGAUGGGCUAGCCGGCGAAGCACGUGCGCGCGCAGCCUUCUUCCUGUUGCAGGGAUGAAGGGCACUCACUUAUCAUAGAGAACAAGUUUCUUGCACUUUGAAGGCCCCCUACAAGAUUAUAAUCUUGAUACGAUCGAAAAUUUGAUUCAUCUCACCCAAAUCCCUCGUCUUCAGGUGCGUAAAACUGGUAUGUUCACAUGCUUAUCGACUUCUACACAACCCUCAGGUGCAUCAAACUCUUAUGUUCGCAUGCUGGUGUGAAUCCGUCAGUGAUCCUAGAGGACGAUGAAAAACCUACACCGCGACGAGACUUCUACAAAAUAGAAGUGGAAUAUCAGAACUUGUUGUCAGAGGGCAACAAGAGCCGAGAAGCACAGUCACGUGCUUUACAGCAGGAACUCGGAGUCCUGGCACCUGACACACCGCCGAAAGUUAGGCAGAAGACGCCGCCACCGAUUAUCAAACCACCGGCAGCAAAACUGAAAGCAAGGGAAAGAACGAAAAACGUAUUUUGUUCUUUGGUGAAUCUCUAUCUUGUUAGGAGACAUGUCUUAUGUAAAAAUCUACUUCUCUAUGCUAGAAGUCGAGUAAAAGUAAGUCUAAGUACUUUUUUGUGUAUACAGGUAAUGGCAUUUUUCCAUGGUGCGGACACCUACCUGGAGGUCUACAGCGAGACCAAUGCUUUCAUGCGAGAUCAUCUGGAGUUCAUCAGGGCGAAAACGACCGCUAAAGGAAAGAGCCAAUUAGAAGCUAUCAGUGCUAUUAACAAGGCUAAGACAUGCACCGAGUGGUUUUCCUCGAAUGUCAAGACAGCUGGCAUGUUGAGUCAGAGUCGCAAGCUCUUGCCCUAUGAUCCGAACGCAGUCUACCUGAAUCGGCCCAUGGUCAGCAAGACGCGCACGAGGGGUAAUGGCGGAGCAACGACACUGAAUCCGCUUGGGAAUGGGGGAACUGACACUUAGGAUAUAAUCAUGAAAUUGAGAUUCUUGUAAGUCUAAAUAUAGCACAAAGGUAAUUUCUCAUUUCGUCAGGGAAUCCAAGUCCUUUCACUUCUAUUUGACUUUAGGCAUGCACCAUUAAUUCUAGUCUAGAUCAAAACUUUAAUUCAUGAUCAAGCCAUAAAAAUAUUCUCUUCUAACAUAUCAUGCGAAGUAAUUCCUUAUCGCUUGGCGCCGAACGAGGUGGAAAACCUGGACUUUCCGCUUUUCCAGAAUUUUUAGGGGAUUCCCAGGAUACGACCGACAGCAAAUUCGGUCCUCUAGGUGAUCACAACAAGGUUGACAACGCGUCUCCUGGCGAGGGGGAGCCCAUGAGUCUUGACAACUACGCCUUCGUACGACCUCAAGGUCGAGAACGGCCGCCGCAGAGCGGUCCUUUAGACUUGGGACCCUCGCAGCUGGAGGACGAUCCGGAGUUUGAGAAUGCUAAAAUCGAAAAUCGAUACAUUUUAUCCGAAAACUUCGAACCAGUGUGCGAGAAUAUGGUACAACUUUGAAACUAUUGACAUCGAUGUCCUAGUGCUAUUUCAUAGCAUGGGUUUCAUAGCAUGUGUUUGAACUUUUGUGGCAAACUGCGUGAAAAGAUUUUGGUACUCCUACAUACCAUGUUGAUUUUCAUCAAAGUAGAGCCCGAUCAUGCAUUAAUAUAGCCUCCUCUGAAAGUUCUUUUUUACUCAUCAGCUCGAGCCCCCAGUGAGGAAGCCACGACCACUCCGUGACAACGAGCGCCAUGCGGUAGACUGGUCGCCGCAAACGAGGAAGGCUUUUGAGGAUAAUAAAGCUUCGUAUGAGCAGUAUCUUGAGGAAAAUGCGCCUAAGGAUGUCCUUACCCAGGCAGCAGAAAAGGACGCCGCAGAGAAGGAGGCUGUAGAUAACGCGAAAAAUAAGAAAAAAGCUGCUGCAGACGCAAGAAGGCAGAAGAGAUUAAGGCUAGACCUCCGCUGGAGCAUUCCUAUCAGCCCUGGCUGCUUUUCUACUUGAAAAGGAAGCCUCCAUCAAAUGUGAAGCAUCGCUGGCUGCUUUUCUACUUGAAAAGGAAGCCUCCAUCAAGGAUGCUCUGAGGAAUGCGAACGCGGUAGCUCUAAAGAGAGGGUCUAGAUCUCCUGUGGUAGUUCCAGCAGAACCAAGCAUCUCUGGGGAAGUUCCAGCACCCUCGAUUGGAGGUCAGACAGAAAGUGGAGCUUCUUCUGGAUCUGGAGGCGGUGUGGAAUCGUCCACUAAACUCGAAGAGGAAGACGGAGACGGUAACGCGCUUGUUGAGGCAGCUGGUGAGGAUGUUGGAGAGGAUGUUGAAAACGCAGCAAAUAACGGAGCAGCACCAACGUUAGCUCUAGCUCUAGAAGAAGUCUUCACCGGCGAAGCAGCGGACGACGAUCUAUCGCCAGUUGCGGCGGCACUGGUGGAUCGCGCUGUUGCGGAAUCGGUGCCGCCAAGCAGAGGAGAGAACGAGAAGCCUCGAGAGGGGUCGUCGUCAGAAGAAAGUGCGACGUCUUCGGUGUCUGGCGCGGUUGUCAAGGAUGUCAUCCGUGGCGGCCUAGAGGAGUCUUUGGGUGCAGAAGUAGAGCGGGUUCGUCGGACGGAGCAAGAAAAAGCUGCUAAGAAUGACGAACGUAAAAUUUGAUGAUGAUUUCAUUUUGAUUUGUAUGAAAUCCUCAGAGGAUUCAUCAGUUACCUAGUGGAAAUCCUUUUCUACGCUUGCUAAAAAUGCUGAAAACCUUCCUCACGACUGUGCAUCGUGAACAUCACCACUUUAUGUAGAGCCUCAGCCCCAUCCAAACAACUAAUGCAACACAAUCAAAACAGAUACUCUCUCCGAGCUCCUAGUAUUCGACGCUGUUCGCUCUGGCGUAGAGCAGGUCUACGGUAAUGACGUCGAGUCUGCACACGGUGAGUCGAAAACAGUCAGCAAAGCGGGUACGAAGGAAUCUAGUUCUGGCGGCCCUGGACGACCUUUUGGUACCGAACCCGAAGUUGCGGCUGACGGUGCUGCUGCUUCGGGGGAUGCACCACUUACCUCUCAAGGAGACCGUGUUGUAGAUACAACUGAAGUUUUGAUGCGUGGCGAUGAUGCUCCAAAAGUGCAAGAGGAUGCCUUUGCAGAUGUCGAAGCAGGUGAUGCACAGCACAAAGCUGAGGAUGAAGGUGAGGGGGCAGAAGGGGAAAUGAAGGCUCUUGAAGAACCUCAAGAGGAGAAAGUUGAUGAAGAAGACGGUGAAUUCGAGGACGAACAAGACGAGGAUGAUGAAGAAGAAGAUGCGGAACCGAGCGAGCAAGAACAAUUAUCCUCUGAGGGUGCUGAAGGUGGUGCGGGAGAUCUGCAGCCCUCGGAUGUCACUCCUACUUUAUGUCUUAUACAGUUCUCGCUUUCGCAUAUUUGA